GGAGUAGAGAAGAAAGAGGUAGGGGGCAAUGGAUCCAGGCGAAUAUGCAGCAGCUGCGGCUGCGGCUAUAAAGUGAUCAUCAAUCAUCAUUUCCCAAAUGACACACGAUUCAAUACUCUCUGAGUUCCGACCAAUAGAUAACGGAGCUUCAGCUGCGGCUUCCGGUGAGGACUCGAUGGUACUCCCCGUUUUCCAUUGAUAACCUUCACACAGAAACCAAUGGGGGACAGUUCGAGUUACAAAGAUUACGUCGCCGGUCUGAUUGCCGGCGUUGCCACUGUCAUUACCGGCCACCCUUUUGACACGGUUAAGGUAAAGCUUCAAAAGCACAAUAUUGAGUCUCGUGGGAUUACUUAUCGAGGUGGUCUGCAUUGCACUGCUAGGAUACUGAAGACUGAAGGUGUGAGAGGACUUUACCGAGGGGCAACAUCAUCUUUUAUUGGAGUGUCUUUCGAGAGUUCCCUUCUUUUUGGAAUCUACUCCCGAACUAAACAAUCAUUGCAGGGAGGCGACCGAAGUGGUAGGCCACAGCCACAAGUAGUAAUUCCUUCGGCAGUUUAUGCUGGAGCUAUUAUUAGCUUUAUAUUAUGUCCUUCGGAGUUAGUUAAGUGUAGGAUGCAAGUUCAAGGCACUGAUUCUCUCGUUCCAGUGUCCAGUAGAUAUAGUGGUCCAGCCGAUUGUGCCCUUAAAACUAUAAAAACAGAAGGGGUUACUGGUAUUUUUCGCGGAGGUUUUACAACACUUUUAAGGGAAUCAAUUGGCAAUGCUGUUUUCUUUAGUGUUUACGAGAAUGUUCGCUAUUACAUGCAUUCACAAUUACAUGCCACUACGAGUGUCCAGGGCAACUUCAUGGACAUGGGAAUUGGUAUUUUGACUGGAGGCCUCGGUGGGGUGGCUUUCUGGUCAGCUGUUUUGCCCCUGGAUGUUGCAAAAACUAUAAUUCAGACUUCUCCAGAUAAAACUGCAACUAGAAAUCCAUUUAUCGUAUUGAGCUCGAUACAUCGCACUGCUGGAAUUAGAGGAUGCUAUACAGGAUUAGGCCCGACCAUACUCCGUGCAUUUCCUGCCAAUGCAGCAGCAAUCGUCUGCUGGGAGCUAGCAAUGAAAGUUCUUGGCAUCGAGCGAGAUUAACACAACCAUUUCAAUUCAUCCCGUGGUGCUUCAAAUUUCAUGUUAUUUCUAUGGUAAGUUUUGAUAGUCCUGCCAUUGUUUGAGAGGAUGAUUAUUGAUUAUAGACAUUCACUCUCUUUCUUUUGAGUCAAUGAGAGUGAAAGUCAAUCAAAAGGCAAUGUACUCCAAGUGUUUGAGUGUCAUCUAUUUUAGUUACCUUCA